CAUCUGCGCCCUCGUGUGGGCGCUCGCCGCAGGUUCCUCCCACCGCCGGCUGGCAACACCACGUUCACGCCCCCCUUUGUUGCCAAGCGACGGCUUCGUGCAGCGCUGGCGUCUUUUCCCGGCGUGCACCGGGCGCAAGAUGGCGGCUAGGUGCUGUGUGAUGAAGAUAAUGAGGAGAAGUGAAGAGGAGAUGUGAGAGGGAUGGAGGAGUCGUCUGUCUUCCUUCUGUGCCUGACGGCCAGCAGCGGGGUGCCCCUGUAUUGUCGCAGCAAGAGCAGCAAACAGCUGACUUUCUCUGUGAUUGGAUCACUCAAUGGCGUGCACAUGUUUGCAAAUAACCAAGAGGUGCUGCUAACUUCUACACGUACAGAGAACAGCAGAGUGCUCUGGAGAACCUUCCAUGACAGCAUCAAUCUGAUAGUGAUGUCAUGUGAUAGCAAUGCCAGUGACCACUCGCUGAACAAACUUUUGGAGAAUGUAUUUAGUGCUAUGGUUCUUGUAAUCGGGCUGGAUGACCUCAUGAAUAUAAAAAAUGUGGAACGGCUAAAGAAAGAUUUUCGGGCUUGUUACAAGUUGAUUGACAGCUUCUUAACUGAAUCUGAGAAGAUGGGAGACCUAACGCAAUGUGUAGACUGUGUCAUCGCUCAUGACGCGGCUAUUCUCCAGGAGUGCCUUGAUGGUUUUACACAGGCAGCGGAAAGUGAGUUUGGCUGCCUUCUGACUGGAGGGAAGGUGGUGGUGGCCACAGAGAAGUGGUGGAGGUUGGCAUCCCAAGAUGCGAUGUUGCUUUGCUGGCUGGUUUCCUCUUUGUCUCCACAUUCAUCACGAGAUUACCCGGUGUAUCUACCCCAAGGGAGCCCUACGGUUCCACACAGACUUCUCACCUUCCAGUUGGUUCCUGGUGUGGAUGUUUGUGUCCUUUGUGGCCCCAGUCCAUCUCUGCAAAAAGUUGAGUCCGAGUUGGUAGAAAGAUUUUGGAAGCCUGUUCUGGAUCCGAUUAAAUCCUGUUUAAGAGUGCAGCUGAGAUCGUUCCCAGCCUCUGUUCCAUUACACCAUGGGAUUCUGGGCAUCUUGCUGGUAAAUCAGGAUUUGAAUAAAAGUUUAUAUACUGUGCAAGUUCAUCCUACUGAGGAGAUGCAAAGAUCAGAUAUGAAAUGUAUACUGGAACAGCGGCGGGCAGCUCUUCGUUCAUUUUAUACUCUUGCCAUGUCACGUUAUUUCCGUCCAGACCACCAAGAUGGGAAAACUCAGUAUGAGGAAUCCUUUCCAAUGGGAUUUAGCCAUCGUGCUCACCAAUGCUACACCGUCUCCAGCAGCCACAAGUGCUACGCCAUGAAGACGGAUCUGCACCUUCUGUUCCUUCUCUUUAAAACGGAUGUGCCUACGUUUAGCAUGCGGGCCAUUGCUAAUAAAACCAUGCAAGUGUUUACCAAAGACUUGACUUUUUGACAAACUGACCUUGUAGAUAAUAAACUGUGGCUACAACAUCACGUUUCAUAUGCAGAGAUAUUCCAGGAAUUACUUGUUGUGAUCCGUGUACAGCAUGACUGUGUAAAGACACCUGUUAUUUAACUUUACAUAUCUAUAGAUUAUAUUUAUUUAACAUUGUAUGACGAAAUCGUAAAGCUUCCCAGUGACGGUAAUUGCUGUAAUAAAUGAACCCAGAAAGAGUUCAAUUAAGUUCAGUGUCUGUAUGCAUGCAUAUAUAUGUGUAGGAUGAAUGUAUAAAAAAAGAUUUUUUUCUGGUUAAAUUGUAUUUUAUAUACCUCGAAGGAGUUGAUUAAAGUGUAAUUU